AGUUAGUUUAUCGAGUACACAUUCAUAUGUUUUAUCGAUAAUUUUGUAUUAUAAAUAUUGGAAUGUUAGUUACAAACUUACAAAGCUCUUUCUAAACUGAGUUACUCACAGAAAUGGAUUCACGUGAUAGCACUGAUCUUGAUAAUCAAAAAGAAAAGAGUAAAGAGGAAAAAGAUAAUGUGAGAGAAUGUGAUGAAACAAAAGAAAAGGAGAACGUGAGAAAAGAAGUAGUAGAAGAUGAUUGGAGAUAUGAUUAUGAAGAGGAGAAGGGAAAAGAGGAUGAAGGUUAUGAUGAAAAAUGGCAAAAACAUGAAACCAUGAAACUAAAUCUCGGGACGAAGAUGGAGGACGAGGAGCAGGAUAAGAAACUGUCAGGUUUCCAAGCUGCUGUUAGAACUGUGCUGCAUAGACAGCUGGAUAUCAUUACAACCAGAAUAAAAGAAACAGAAAUGGUUUUAGCAGCAAAGAGAAAAUCUGCUGAAACUGCGGGAUAUCUUCUUCAUGCUGAGCAAAGGAAACUAGUUCUAGAGGAGGAGAAGGUUCGACAGACAGCAUCAAGGUUAACCCUGCAGCAACAGGCCAGGAUCCAGGUAGAGAAUGAGAACCAGGAGCUAAAGAAAACCUUGGCAGGGUUGGAGCUCCAGGUGCACGCCAAGCUGCAGGAGAAUGAUGCGGGACUGGAGAGGAUGAACAGCGCUGCUACGCGAUUACUCCAGGUACAGAUGGGAAGACUGGAGGUAGAAAAUAAGAUCGGAGUUGACCAGCAGCACGCAAGCAAGGCAGAGGAGGAUCUAAAGCAGGUUCAGAACUCGAAGCAGGUUCAGGAUGCAUACAUCAUGCAGAUGAAUGAUCGGAUGGAGCAGUGUACAAUCCAGUUGGAGCAGUGUAUAUCCCAAACCCAAGCUAUGGAGUCCUCAACCUCUGAAACCUCGGAGAAUCUACUGAGGGCUGAGGAAGAGCUGGCAACUGUGAAGGCUGAGAAAAAGAAAAUGUUUACUAACUGGUCCAACACUGUCAUCAACAUCAACAAGAGAGAUGAAGCUCUAGCAAACUUUCAGGCUGGAGUAGAUCUCCAGAAAACAGAACUUAAAACUGUUAAAUCAAAAAUAGAUCGAACCAAGGAGGAUAUUGUUGCUUGUCAGACUGAACAUGAAAUGGUGACAGGGAUAUCCGCACGGAUUACGAAGUUCUGUGGGACGAACGAGAUGCAUAUAAAGAAGAAUAAAAAGGAGACAGCAGGAGUAAAACUGGAGCUGGGAAAGUUGAGGAAAAUUCAGAUGGAUACAGAAUCCACCCUCAGCACUGUAAAAUCAGAUCUUGAAUCCUUGGAGAAAACAAACCUAAAGCUUAAGGAAUCAAUCCUUCAAUUAGAGUUUGAGAAAAAAGAACUUGAAGGUCGAGUGUUUGAAAGUUUAAGAAAUCAGAUAUCUAACGAGAAGAGUUCUAGUGUAGCAGAUAAGGAGAUCCAAGAUCUCAAGGAGAAGAUAUCCGGGACGGACGUAAAACUUAAACAUGAGAAAAACAGGCUGAGUGAACUAGAAAAGGAAAAUGAAUCUCUGAAACUCCAACAUAUGAUGGAGAGACACAGACGGGAUCAGCUAAACCUUGUCACGUCUCAGCUGGAGGAGGAGGAACGGAAGAUCAGCUCCGUCUUGAAGAAUACAACCAACUCUAUCGAGAAGGUAGAGAGCUUGAUCAACCAUGCUGAAAAGGAGUUCUCUGAGCUGAGUAGAAGAGCAGGAGAGGAAACUAGUCCUUUAGAGGCUACUAUCUCUAGGUGUAGGGAGGAGAUAGAUCUAGUUUCCAAGUACUGCGGAGAGAAGAGGAAGGAGUGGACCAAGAAGCAGAAUCAGUUGAUCAAGAUACACCUGCAACAGGACGAAGCAAGACAGGAACUAGAACAGUCCAAAAACAAAUAUGCAAUACUACUUGAGAAGAAAAGGAAAAACGAAGACGAUAUUAGAAACUUACAAGAUCAUUUAUUGAAGAUAAGAAAAAGGUUGGAAAACCUAGAUGUGAGAAUACGAAAAUUAAACUCAGUGAAAGCAGAUGAUACGGUUGUAUAUCAGGAUCUCACCAAGAGAAGAAAUGCAAAGAUUAUGGAGAACAUCGCCACGAUCGCCGAGAUCGAAGAAGAGAUUGAAUAUCUAAAGAAGGAGAUCACAGCUCUUGAAUCCUCUCAGCAUUUUUCUCUAUCUCGAGUACGGAGUGCAGACCUGGAGCUAGGAGAAUGGGAGGAUAAGGUUAGAUCUUGUCAGAACACCGCCAGCCAUGUAGGAGAGGAAAAGACAAAGGGCGGAGAACUAGAAAACCUCAAGUGCGAAGUUCAUUAUUUUGAACAAAAGCUCAAGGAUCUCUCCAGGUUGUCUAAGGAGAGGCUAACGGAGUUGGAAGGUUCAGUGUACCGGAGAGAAUCAUUGUUUGAGAGGCUGACCGCUACCUCCACCCUCAAGUCCGAGGUUAGAAAAGAGAAGUCGGAUAAGACGCAGCUCAGUAAGAAGAUAAACAAUCUGGAGAAUGCUCUGAGAAAGGUUGAAAGCUCUCUAGGAAGAAUGCAUGAAUCUAUCAGGUAG